UCGAGAUUGACUGUGUUUAUGUACCAAUGUAAUCAUAAAUUUAAACUGUUCACACAAAUAAAAAUCAUUGCCAUUGAAAAAAAAAAUGAGUACAUCCCUGAAAUUGUAUCAAACACCAACCGAAGUGAUUCGUCAGAAUCGAAAAACAUUUUAUUCUGUACAAAAAUUUAGCGAUGAAUCUAUGUCACAAUGGUUAUGGCGAAUCAGAGAGUAUAUGGUUGAUUGUGAAUUUGGUGCCGUCGCCGAAUUUAUUCUGAUUGAUAAAUUCAUUUGUGAGCUCACACUGGACGAUGCUGAUAGACUAAAGAACUGUAAUUUAUGGUCGUUGAAGCAAUUGGAAGAGGCUGUUCAGCACAACGAUUUUAGUGAAGAAAACACAAAACCAAACGAAAUCUUAGACAUCAAAUUAGAUAUUGAUCAUGAUGUUUCAUUUGUUGGCACAAACCUCAGUAGCAGCAGCGAUUCUGAGGAUAAUAUACGUCUUGCCGACAUAAAACGAGAGAUUAAGACUGAAAAAGAGAAUAAGAACCAGAAUCCGUUGAACGACAAAAAGGGAAAAAAGAAACCAAUAUCCAAAUCAAGAUCAAUCAAGAAAUCACCAGAAAUCAAAGGAUUUGUAAUUGACGAAGCAAAUCGAUUUCAUUGUUUGGAUUGUGGGAAAAAGUUCACACAAAAAGCAUCAUACGUUCAACACUCUAGACUACAUACCGGUGAAAAUCUUCUCUCAUGCACGAUAUGCAAUAAAUUAUUUCUAAAACCGAGUCAUUUGAAAGGACAUUUCAAACGUCACGAACGUGAGAGUAAUGUGAUUGGUAAAACGUUCGAAUGUCAUCUCUGCAAACACCAAUUUUUGGCCAUGAAUGGACUGAGAGUUCACAUGAAUGUGAAACAUGUCACCGGCGUGAAAAAUGCAUUCCAAUGCGAACAUUGCAAUGAAGUAUUCGUAAAUCAAACAGUAUUGGACGAUCAUCUUCGAUCGGAACAUCAAAUGAAGGUGACUCACAAAUGUCCGCAUUGUAAUAAGGCGUUUGACCAACUAUCAAAUAUGAAAGAGCAUUUGACAGUACAUUCGGAAGCAAAGCCUUUUAUGUGUGAGGUGUGUGGCAAUGCAUUCAAAACAAAGAAGCAACUUCAUCUUCAUAUGACCCGGCACACAAAUGAAAGACGAUAUAAAUGCGGUGAAUGUGGUCUUAUGCUCAAAUCUCGAUCAAACUAUAAAAACCAUAUGAGACAACACACUGGCGAACGACCCUUUGCAUGUACAUUUACGCAUUGUGAAAAAACCUUUGUUCAACGUGCAAAUUAUCUCAAACAUUUGCGAUGGCAUACUGGUAUCAAACCACAUGGAUGCACCUACUGUGAGAAAAGAUUCCCGACCGCUUAUGAUAUGAAAUUGCACAUGAAUUCCAUACAUACUGGAUAUAAGCCAUUUUGCUGUGAAAUCUGUGGCAAUGUGUUCGCCCAGCCAAGUACACUGCGAGUUCAUAGGUUACGAGUACACAAACAAACGUCACAGAAUUGAUAACGAGUCAAACAUUCUUCA